AUGGAUCCUGGAGAUACAGGAUAUACUUUGGCCGACUAUUGCGGGAGCAAGACUACUAGAGAUACGUCUAGCGGCUCUCGAUCGGCCUACACACCUGCACAAACUGCAGAUCCAAACUUCAGUUUAGCUUUGGAUGGACUCCGCCCUGGAGACCGUGCAUCUAUUCUGAGAGACAUUCAACAUAUAAUAAGCUCUUACCAAGGACUGGGUAUUGAGAACGAACAAAGACCACCAGAAGGCCAUGCGCAUAGCGGAGGUCAUCCUGCCCGACGCGAUACCCUGACCAUGCUCAAUGACAGAGAAUUCUAUGACGAAGCAAUGAAAGAGAAGGACCGAAGCGUACCCCGACGUCCCCAUGGCCCGUUACUUAACCAAUCCUCACAGAUAAACAAUCAGUACCCCCAGACACAAACGCAAACGCUGCAUCCUCAAUGGUCAGAUGCCUCUAGCUCAGCGCAGUCGAAUGCGGUUUCUCUCGGUCGCAACAGCUCUAAUUCAUCGCAAGGUGACCAUGUCCGCCCUCCAGUGUCAUCAUACGAUCAACACGAUGAGAUCUAUAAAAGCUCACCGUAUACCUCUCCCUACGCAACUGCAGAAGACAGAUAUACACCCUCGCCUAUCGCACCACUGGCACCCUUACGUCCUCAAACCAAUGCGCCAUCGACUAGUUCUCCCAAGAAUGACGUGAGUGCACCAACACAUAUGCCAUGGCCCCACCAGGAUUCUCCCCCUCCGCUGCAGUCUAUGUCACCAGUACAAUAUAACCCAAUACAGCCAUACAGUGUGCCAAUUGAAAAGGACGCCGUGGACAUUAGUAAAUCAACGCAUCCUCAGUAUUACGUGACGCCUCCAACAGAACGUGGUACAUCUAGUUUACGCAGUAACAGCGAUUGCCAAACUACUGCGUACGUUCCCCCAACUGUAGCUUCUCCUUCUUCGGUGCCAGGGUCUACAGCUGUCUUCCGCCCUCGACACGCCAGCAUCACGCCCUCUGUCGCUUCGACCGACAGUAGUAGCUCUGCUCCGAUCGGUAUCCUUCCAGGUCACCGUAUGCGCAACAGCAUCAGAUCCGAUACUAUACAGGGCGGACCUGCAGGCGGAGAAAGAAUGAUGAACGGGCGCCCGAAUAAGGAUAACGAUUACUGGGGGUUCUGUAAAGGUGCCUGGGCUGUAAGAGAGGACCCUAAGAAGGGCAUCAGCGUUCGUACCCAGCCCUUGGGUUACUAUAAUACGAGACAAAUCUGGGGCUGCAAGUCAUGCACGUUCACAGGCGACGUCUUCACUGCACCGCAUCCCACCAAGAAGAACAAGACUGUCGAAAUUGUUGAUCCGCGAGUCAAGAUCUCGAUGUCGGGAAUACGCUAUCGAUGGAUAUUUCUCGCUAAAUCCCACGUCAAGAAGAAAGCAUCAGACCCUACCUCGAACGACGACAACUUUGGCUGCGUACUUUGCCUGGCACAGGACAAGGUAACGGGGGUUUAUGGCGGAGUGGAAACACUCAUGAAUCAUAUCGCGCUGACGCAUGUGGCGGACAUGAGCGAGCAGACAAGGAAGAAAGUCAACUGUAUCUUGGGCAGAGUGGCAAAGUGUGAUGAGGAGUUCGACAUCAACAUACCAAUUUUUAAAGAGACGGAGCUUGCUGGUUGA